UAUUUGUUCAUGUGAUGAUGAAUAGGUUGGAGAAAGUGAAUUUGAAGAAGAUAUAAAGUGUAGCAAAGGUGGUUGGAACAGUGAUCACAGUAACAGGAGCAAUGGUGAUGACUUUGUAUAAAGGCGCUAUUGUUGAUAUCUUAUGGUACUCCAAAUCAGGAAAUCACCAUCAUAACACCACCAAUAGUACCUCUACUGAUCAGCAUUGGGUCAUGGGGACAUUCAUGAUCCUUGCCUGCACUUGUGGUUGGUCUGGUUUCUUCAUUGUGCAAUCAAUUACAUUGAAGCAAUAUCCAGCAGAGCUGUCUUUGACGGCGUCAAUAUGCUUGAUGGGCAUGGUGGAAGGUGCAGCCGUGGCACUUGCUAUGGAACGCGACAUGAGUGCCUGGGUGGUCGGUUUUGACUCGAGACUUCUUGCUGCAGUUUAUUCUGGGGUAGUUUGCUCCGGAGUAGCAUAUUAUGUGCAAGGUGUAGUGAACAAGGUUCGAGGUCCGGUGUUCAUCACAGCAUUCAGCCCUCUCUGCAUGAUCAUCACCGCCGUUCUCGGUGCCAUCGUCUUGGCGGAAAAAAUCCACCUUGGCAGUUUAAUUGGAGCAAUCAUAAUAGUGUUUGGAUUAUACUCAGUGGUGUGGGGGAAAAGUAAAGACUCUUUAAUCUCAGAAACAACAUUGACAGCAACUGAGAAAGACAAAGCCUAUGCAUUGCCAGUAGUUGAUGCUAAUAGAUCAACCAUUGUUGAUGAUACAAAUGAUUGUGGAUUUUCUGCCAAUAAGUUGAAGAUUCCUGGAAAAAAUUCUCUACCCCAAGAGCCAUGAUUCAGAAUAUUGCACAAAUGAGAAUCAAAUCUCUCUCUCUCUCUCUCUCUCUCUCUGUAUUGUUUCUAAAUGAUGCAACUCUUAUUUUGUACUUUGAGAUUCCAAUGUGGCUUAAGUUAAAUCAUUCUCAUUAUGA